UAGCAGGAAACUGAUUGGUCGCUGGAGCUGUCAGUCAUUGAGCCGUGGGUGGGUCACGAGGGGGAAAAUGGCUACCUUGUCUGUUAGCGAGCCUCAGGAGAUGGAAGUUGACAGGAGGGGCGAGUCGGAGGAGUCCGGAGAUGACGAGACCAAGAGGAGGAGCGUGAAUGGAGAAGUCGAAGAUCUGCAGAGAGCUUCCACAGCUCCAGAGGAGUUGCCUGUCGAUAUGGACACCAUCACCCUCGACCCUAAUGAGGAGGACGUGGAUCUGGUCCAUUGUCGGAUCGGGAAGAUCGAGGGACUCGAGGUCUUGCAGAAAGCCAAGACUCUGUCUCUCAGACAAAACCUGAUUAAAAAGAUCGAGAACCUGGAGAGCCUGGUGUCGCUGAGGGAACUGGACCUGUACGACAACCAGAUCCGCAAACUGGAGAACCUGGAGGCUUUAACUGAGCUUGAGCAGCUGGACAUAUCGUUUAACCUGCUGAGGAAGAUUGAAGGUCUGGAGCGUCUGACCAAACUGAAGAAGCUCUUCCUGCUGCACAACAAGAUCGCCAACAUCAACAACCUCGAACACCUCACUGGCCUUAACAUGCUGGAGCUCGGGUCCAACCGCAUCAGGAUCAUCGAGAAUCUGGACACGCUCACUUCACUGGACAGUUUGUUCCUCGGCACGAAUAAGAUCACUCAGCUCCAGAACCUGGACGGGCUCCACAGCCUGACGGUGCUCAGCAUCCAGAGCAAUCGCAUCACCAAACUCGAGGGACUGCAGAACCUGGUGAACCUGAAGGAGCUCUACUUGAGUCACAACGGCAUCGAGGUUAUCGAAGGCCUCGAGAACAAUAAAAAGCUGACGACUCUGGACAUCGCAGCAAACAGGAUAAAGAAGAUUGAAAACAUCAGUCACCUCACAGAACUGAAGGAAUUUUGGAUGAACGAUAAUCAGAUAGAGAACUGGGGUGACCUGGAUGAGCUGAAGAACGCUAAAGGUUUAGAGACGGUGUAUUUGGAACGCAACCCGCUGCAGAAAGACCCUCAGUACAGACGCAAGAUCAUGCUGGCACUGCCCAGCGUCCGGCAGAUCGACGCCACCUUCAUCCGCUUCUGACCUCCAAACACACACACUCACUUAUUCACUUACUCCGCCUCCUUCCUGCUCCAGAUCUCAGCUUUUCCUAACCAUUAGCCAAAUCAAACACACACACACACACCAUGCUCCUCCAUGCUCAUAUGCAAACACCCUUUACUAACACACACAUACACACACACACACACACACACACACACAUACAUACAUGAGGUGUUCCUCCCCCCUCCAUUUCCAAAGCUUCUUCCAUAUUUGGUCAAAUAGACACUUUUAGAUCAUGUGCAAGAGUAACCUUUACACACACACACACACACACACACACACACACCUAUGCUGAUGUUUGGUUUGAGAUGUUAGAAGGACAGGAAGUGAUCAGUGUUGAGACUCUUGUCAUCACAUGCAACGUUUUAGGGUUUAGUUUUAAUAUCAGAACGGAACAAUAAUCCAGAAAGUCUGUUAUUACUAAUUAUUAUUAUUAUUAUUAUUAUUAUUAUUAUUAUUAUUAUUAUUAUUAAUAGGAACUGUCUUUAGUUCCUCUAAAGGUUCCUGAACCUCAGUGGAAUCAUUAAAGUAGUUAGAUGGAAUUUUAUUCUCUCAUGAAUUUAAAUGAUGAUGAUGAUGAUGAUAAUAAUAAUAAUAAUAAUAAUAAUAAUAAUAAUAAUAAUAAUUAGCCUUUCUGGAUUUCUACAGAACAUGGUCUUAUUUUCCGGAUCUUUCUCCUUGGCUCAGACGAUCCCUGACCAGGUUUUAUGAUUUAAGCGUAUAAAAUGUACGAAGCUGUGUGCAUGUGUUAAACCGAACGUUUCUGUGUUUUAUCGUGCGUUUGGUCCUGCGUUAGAGACACUAUAGCCGCACAACCGCAUAGUACCGCUUUAAAAAUAAAUAAACUAAAGCCUUUUCGCACCGGAAUGAAUUCGGCUACGUUCAUUUGUCUCGGCUAUUUAUUUAUCAAGUCUUAAAGGUUGGGUUCAUGAGGGAUUCGGUUUCAUUCACUAAAACAUUUAUUAAACCGUUUUCUGGCUCCGAGUGACUAUAGGCUUUAAAGCUACAAUCAGUAAUGUUACAGCUAUAGAACACACUGUGGUAGAUAUUUUGUGAUGUCCUUGACUUCAGCCACACCUACAGACUUCAGCCACACCCACAGACUUCAGCCACACCUACUGAUCGUGUAAACCCACAGGCUGUCAUUCUCUUUAGUGUUAGCAUUAGCGUUCUGUUCCACCGAUGUCUUCUAAUUAAAACAUUUUCAUGUCUACUGAUUAGUUUAAUCGUUCAUGCAAGAGAGAAGCUGUUGUCACUAUGUGCUUGUUGUCAUGGUUACAUUCCAGCGUGGUUGCUCGCUAAUCGCUAAUGAAUAAGGCUGACCUAGAUGUUUAACUAUUACACCUUUCAAACAGACACCGUAAAGACAGCGCAGGUGUGGAAACGAUACAGAAUAAUCCGGAACAUCAACAUUUACCUCAGUGUUAAGAAAACGCUUAGUAUGACUAAAACUCUGACACCUAGCAUUAACUGCUAACUCAACCACCAUGGAUUUCAUUACGUCACAAACUGGACCAUGCAGGAAAGUACUAGAAUAAAAAAUUGUUGUAACAAGGAAGACUUGAGUCAGCUAAUCAGAACCCAGUCAGAUAAUUAGAACCCAGUAUAUUCUGUGGCUGUAGGUCAUGAUCUGUCGCGAUGCUCAGAGUUCUGAUGUUAUUAAAAACAUCAACAAUAUCAUUUAAUUGAGGAAAGAAGGAAGUAGAAGACUAUUAAUUGAGGGGGGGGGGGAAGAGAUUUGGUAAUUCCAAAAAACUCCUGGAAUAUUAAAUUGUGGAAAUACACAGUGUCCAGAUCCGAUCUCACAGGUCAGUACUGAAGGAUUUUUACCUUUUCACUUCAGGCUGUUAGGGUCAGGAUCGGUACAUCACUUCAGUCAUUUAAUAAAAUAAAACGCUGAUUGUAGCUUCAAAAGCAUGAGGUCUGGUUCAGAGCGAGUUUGUGGACUGAUGAAGGGAAUAUGAUGGAGUUUCCUCAGAGUUCUAGCUCACAGUUCAGUAAAAAGCUGCGGAAAUCCCUCAAAUUCAGAAAACGCAGUUCUUAUCGCAGUUCCAUUUCCUGACUGAUUCAGUGUGCUGGUUUUCCCUCUUUAUCGUUCUUAUUUUUUUUUUAUUGUAAAUGAUGUUUCACAGCUGCUUGGUUGACUGUUUGGAGAUGAAUGUAAUGUAAAUGACAAUAAAAUUAAUUUGAAAAAUU